CUAGAGACAUACGACUACGAGAUCUCGAUCCGCAGCUAGAAGAGGAGGAAAUCGACAGCUGCUAUCUCUUAAUAACUAAAUCCUGAAACUGAAAAGUGAAAAUGAAUAAUGGCAGAGCUUAGGAUAUGUGUUAGUACAUGGAAUGUGGCCACCCAGGAGCCACCUCCCAUUGAAGCAUUCAAGGAUAUGAUAUGGAUUCAGACUCAGAAUGCUCCCGACAUGUACAUCUGGGGGCUGCAGGAAGUUAGCUCUAAGCCUCAUGAGUUUAUACAGAGUGCCUUCUCAGAUGACCCCUGGACGGAGGUCAUCUCAAGCAUUGUGUGCCCAAAGGGUUAUGUCAUGAUCAAUUCUGUGAGGCUUCAGGGUCUUGUCAUACUGCUGUAUGUUAGGAUGCUACACCUUCCUUUCAUCCAUAAUGUACAAACAGCACUCACAAGGACCGGACUAGGAGGAGUUUGGGGCAAUAAAGGUGCAGUCACCAUUCGUUUUGACUGCUAUGGUCGGAGUAUAUGUCUUCUCAACGUACAUUUAUCACCUCACCAGGAUGGUUGGGAGAAGAGGGAUAAGGAGUUCCAAACCAUUGUCUCUACUCAAGAAUUUCCACAGUGCAAUCCAACCACUAUCCUAGAUCAUGACUAUGUUUUGUGGUUUGGUGAUCUGAACUACCGGAUAGAAGACCUUUCAACAGAGGCGAUUAAAUUCCUGGCAGCUCCGAAGAAACUUCACGUCCUACUGGAGAAAGAUCAACUCCUGAACAGCAUGAGGAAAAAGAAAGCAUUCAGUGGAUUCCAUGAAGGGCUUAUCACAUUCAUGCCCACAUAUAAAUUUGAUCUGAAGUCAAAUGAGUAUGAUACUAGUCCCAAGCAAAGAUCACCCGCCUGGACGGAUAGGAUCUUAUGGAAGGUCAACCUACGUGCCAGCAUAGAUCAGAAUUACCUGAGUAUAACACAAACCUCCUACACUUCCCAUUCGGAUAUACUCUGGAGUGACCAUCGACCUGUCAGUGCGGAGUUUCUUGCCAAGAUAACAAUAGAAGAUGCGCAGCCUUUAGUAUCAUUCACUCCCAUUGAAUCUUGGAGUAGAGGGCAAGAUGCCGAGUGUUCUUAUACCGUUCUUCCUGACACCAAAACAAGUAAUUGGGACUGGGUUGGACUUUAUAAGGUUGGUUUCAACACUGCACAGAAGCAUUACAUCACCUACGUAUGGGCUGAUUCUAACGGAGAAACUGAUACAGGCGUUGGUAGGGUCAAGUUUGGUGCCAGUUACCUUCCUGAGGAUACAUGUAGUAAAUAUGUUCUCUGCUAUGUGAGUCGUACUAUGAGCUGUGUGCUGGGAGUCAGCAAUGUCUUCAGGAUUCUACCUUCUGAUGCAGAAGAACGUCAGUUGCAGCAAACCCAAGUCAUGGCCAAUAACGCAAUGAGUGUCACCUACCAAACACCAAUGUGAGGACUUGCGCACACUCAUUAGAUCUUAUGCACCAAUCCAGGGUCAGCACAGUUGUCAGAUAUUAUAGACACCAGUGAGAAGACUGCAAACCAGUUUGAGGACCUAAACACCAAUGUGAAGAUUUUAUCACCUGGCCUGUAAGUAUGUCAGCAUAAUUAUGCAGGGUAUACGUGCAAGUUAUUCACUGAAAUUCAGUGCAAAAUUGAGGUAGAGAGAUGGCAAAGAAGACGUACUUGGAGAGAGCUGUUACCAGUGAGAUCGAUGGGUGGAGAUAACCCGAUUGUUUUCUUCAAACUUGAUUGAGGAACAUUGCAUUCUCCUUGUUAUAGUUUAAUAUAAAAAACACAUAGAUUGUUGUGUGUUGAUCAGGCUGCUGAACUGCGACAUACAUGUUUGCUGCCUCUCACCUAUCAUUCUCACUCGGGGACCUGGGGAGCGUUUCAUCAACAUUUUUGUCCGACAAGUUGUCAGAUCUGACAACUUUUCUUGACUCUGAUU